AUGCCCAAGUACGCCAAAUUUUUGAAGGAUCUAUUGUCCAAUAAUAAGUUAGAGGAGUUAGUCACGGUAACUCUUAAUGAAGAAUGUUUAGCAAUUCUACAAAACAAGAUGCCCGAGAAAUUGAAGGAUCCAGGGAGUUUUACUCUUCCUUGUCUCAUUGGUAGAUUGAUAAUUGAUAGAGCUUUGGCUGAUUUAGGUGCUAGCAUUAAUUUGAUGCCAUAUUCUGUCUUUAAGAAAUUGGGUUUGGGAGAACCUAGGCCAACUAGGAUAAGUAUUCAACUAGCUGAUAGGUCAAUUAAAUAUCCUAGGGGUAUCAUUGAGGAUGUGCUUGUAAAAGUGGACAAAUUUAUUUUUCCUAUUGAUUUUGUGAUUCUUGAUAUGGAUGAGGACAUUGAUGUCCUCUUGAUCUUAGGUCGUCCAUUUUUAGCUACUGCAAGGGCUAUAAUUGAUGUUUCUUCUUCAUUUGAAUCUCUGAUUAGCUGUGACUCCAACCACUCUUUGCUUAUUUCUAUUUCUUUUCAGGGAAGUUUCAGUCAAGUUCAUUGUGAUCUGAGCUAUGCGGCAGUUGCAAGGUUGUUGUUUGGUUUGCCAUUUGGUGGCUUCUAA